UACCCGCCUCAGCUUUGCGGUGAACCCCACAUGAAGGACGACUCUGUGCCCAUUAGAAAAGCGGUACGUUCGAUAGUAAGAGUAAUUGUCCGAAGAAAUAUCCACCUCGAACUCCUCUGCUCCCUUAUCAUUCUCUCGUCGUCGACGACGCCGCCGCCGCCGCCUCCUCUCCAGGUUUCUCUCUCUCUCUCUCAAUUUUCGAUUCUGCCGAUGAGGCAACAAAUAGCGGAAGAAGAAGAAGAAGAAGCCAAAUGCUUCGCUCGAUGGGACUGGGAGGAGCAGCUCCCUUCGCCCCACGAGCUGGUGCCCCUUUCGCAGUGCCUCAUCGCUCCUGACCUCGCCCUCGCCUUCGACAUUCCUUCCUCUUCCUCUGCUGCUGCUUCCUCCUUUACCCCGUCCUCUGACCAUCGUCUUCCAGGCCGCCAGGAUGAGACCGACCUAGACGCCUUCGGCGGUGGAGGGGAGGAGGAUCCGGAGCAGCCGCGGACGCUGAAGCGGCCGAGGCUGGUGUGGACGCCUCAGCUACACAAGCGGUUUGUGGAUGCCGUCGCGCAUCUGGGCAUCGCCAACGCCGUGCCCAAGACCAUCAUGCAGAUCAUGGGCGUCGAGGGUCUCACCCGCGAGAACGUGGCGAGCCACCUCCAGAAGUACCGGCUCUACCUCAAGCGCGUGCAGAUGCAAGGUCUGGCCGCUGCCGCCGCCAAUCCCUCCCCUUCCCCCGCGACGCACCCGUUUCUUGGCCCCGCGGCGCCGACGGUGGAUCCCUGCUUGCCCUACAUGCCCGUGGCGAUGCUGCAGCAGCACCACGAGAAUAUGGAUCCAAUGCAGCAGUACUACUACCAUCAGAACCAAUUGGGCCAUUUUGGCCCCGGAUUACUGAGCCGACCUGCACAGGCGCCACACGUAACCCGUCAAACGGAAGGAAUUAGGCCUGGGAUGGUGUUUAUGCCGGCGCCGGCACACUUUCCUCCUUUACCGAAUGAUUUAGAUUGGAGGAGAAAGGGCGAAGAUGAUGCUGACAAUGGCGGUUCCAGAAAGAAGGAGCUAACGCUUUUCCCAACUGGAUAACGCUUGAUUCAGAACUCCUUGAGAUACGGCUUGAAGGAGUUGGCAUCUGUGCAUGAAAAUGUUCUUCUAGUCGAUCAAUCUCGGUGAU